GGUCCACGCCAACGUGGUGAACAUGGUCAGCGCCUCCUGGGACGGGCUGAACUAAUCCCACCGACAGCUGAAGUCUAAAGAGGGAAACGUGGCCACCAGCUCCUCACUUAUAAUGCAGGUAACCUGGUGUGUCCUGCCCUCAAGAGAUCUUCUUGUUCUCACCUCUCAGAAGGGGAUCCAGAUGAAUGAAUCGGAUGGAUCAAUUAUGGUCUAUUGGCAUGCACUGGACAUGCCAGAGACCCCUACUGCGAAAGCAGUUUUUGCCCGAGGAAUUGCUGCGGUGCGGGAAAAAUAUAUUUGUGUAGGGGUCUCAUCUGGCUCAGUGCUGGUGUUUGACGUUCCCAGUAAAGGCAGUAACAUCACCCUGUCCAAGGUUUUGGAGGAACAUAAAGAGGCAAUCACAGACAUGGCCUCUGAGUGCUCAGGCAAUCUGGAGUGCAUUGCUGAUUUAGUAAGUGCUGAUGACUCUGGCCUCCUCUGUGUGUGGAAAUCAGGAGAAGAUUUUCAACUGCUCAACAAGAUCCCAGGUUUUGACACAAGUUGUUCUUCAGUAAAACUCUGGAAGGGCAUUGUCAUUGCUGGCUAUGGGACGGGACAGAUCCGUCUGUAUGAGGGGGUCACAGGUAUACUGCAUGCAGAAGUCAAUGCCCAUGCACGCUGGAUCUACUCACUGGAUAUCGCCCCAUUCACUGGACUGCUGAUCUCUGCAGCAGAAGACUCCUGGGUUCGAGUAUGGCAUCUGAGCUUGACUCCAGAGACUAAUAGUGUAGAGAUUGAGCACAUGUACAAUGAGUGUGUGACUGAUACACAGAUCUUUGGAGCCAAGUUCUGUGAAACUGGAAUCAGCAGGAGGGGGAAGUGGGAUCAGACACACAGACAAAUGCUGGACGAGGGAGAUUGGCUGGAGACAAGGAGGGAUAGAAAGCGGAGUGAGAAAGAAGUUGACUUCAUGCUGAUGAUUCAUCUGGUCAUCUCCAGAGUGAGACGUGUGCACACUCCACCCGCUCCAACAGCUGCUCCCGAGCCCCGUCUCCUCUGCUGUGUCCUGUGA